AUGGAGGCGGAACCAUCCUCCCCAUCCUCCUCGAUAGAGGCCUCUCGCGAAAGCUCCCUCUUCCUCAAAAUCAUCCACUGGCACAAGCUCUUCGACUCCGACAGUCCACCGCGCCUAGGCAUUGACGUCCAAAAGCGCAUUCCCUACGCCACCAUGUCGGCCUUCUCCACGGGUCUCGCACUGGGUUACUAUCACGGCAGCAACAAAGCGGGCCUGCGCUUCCGGGCUGAGAAUGCGCAUCGGUUCCCCACGACCUCUUCCGGCUGGUUCCAGUACCACAAAACGAAGAAUUAUCUGUCAGUCGUCGGCGGUGUCAAGGAUGGAAUGAAGAUGGGCUGUAAGCUGGGUGUCGGCGCUAUGGCCUUUUGUCUAUUUGAGGAGACGGUCGAUUAUGCGAGGCAUGAUGAGAGGGAUUUCUUGUCGACGGUGACGGCGGGACUGUCUUUCUCGGGGAUAUACAGUUUAUUGGCUCGCCAUGAUGUCUAUACGGCUGCGCGCACUGCAAAACUCGGGCUGAAAUUGAGCUUCGCAUAUGGACUGUUGCAGGAUGCUUUGGAAAGCUUGAAGGGCAAUCGGCCCACAUAUGUGGAUUUCAUCUUGGGGAAUCGUCGGUCCCAGAAGACUGCUGUGUGA